AUGCGCCUCCUCCCAGCCCUGUGCUACGCCGCCUCGGCCUCCACGGCGGCGGCGGCGGCCUGCACGCCGCGGCCGUGGAGCACAUUUGCGCACCACACCAUCUUCAAGGCGCCCGCGAAGACGCGGCUUGUGUACCCGCGGCAGGCGGAGCUGUCGGACGGGCGGCUGAUCGUGACGGCCAGCUUCUUCGGCGGGCCGUCGCCGGCCUACUUCCCCGUCUUCGAGAGCACCGACGGCGGCGCCACGUGGGCCUACAUCUCCAACAUCACGGACCAGGUCAACGGUUGGGGCAUGCCUGCGCAGCCGGCGCUGCUGGAGCUGACCGAGAAGAUCGGCGACUAUGACGUGGGAACCGUCCUGGCCUCGGGCAACAGCUGGAGCAACAAUGGCACGCGCAUCGACGUCUACGCCAGCAGGGACAAGGCGCGCACGUGGGAGUUUGUCAGCCGCGUGACCGAGGGCGGCAGGCCCAACACCACCAACGGCGCCACCCCGGUCUGGGAGCCGUACCUGAUGCUCUACGACCACAAGAUCGGCGCAUUCUACUCGGACCAACGCGACCCCAAGCACGGGCAGAAGCUGGCGCACCAGACGUCCACGGACCUCAAGACCUGGGGCCCCGUGGUCAACGACGUGGCGUGGCCCGAGUACAUGGCGCGGCCGGGCAUGACGGUGAUCGCGUACGUGCCGCCCAUCAAGAAGUACAUACUGGUGUACGAGUACCCGAUCGGCAACCAGUCGUCGCACGGCUCCCACUACCCGGUGCACUACCGGCUCGCCGACUCCCCGCUGCUCUUCGACGGCGGCGACGACUACCCCAUCGUCAUCGACGGCAACUUUGCGCCCAACGCGUCGCCGUACGUGGUCUGGACGCCCGAGGGCGGGCCCAACGGGACCAUCAUCGUGUCCGACGCCGACUACGACGACCUGUACACCAACACGGCCGGCGGCGACCCGGACAGGUGGGUGCGCAACGGGACGCCGCAGCCGGGCGCCUACAGCCGCUCGCUGCACGUCUUCAACGGCCGGCCCGACCGCCUGGCCAUCAUCGGGGGCGACACCUUUGACGGCGCCGUUCCGGACCUGACGCUGAGUGUUGUCAGCGUCAAGGCGCUGCUCGCCAACAAGACGGACACGCCCCACAUCGCGGGGAAGUAA